AUAAAUUGAACCAACAUUGUGUUAUUUUAGUUUAAGCGACUGUGGCAGUUCGGCUCAGUUGAAAAGCUGUUACGAGAGAAUGGCAGGUAUUAUACGGUUUCUGUUCUUCGUAUUUCUGUUCGCAGCAUUGGAAUUGCAAGUCGAUUCAACCUUGGAGCAAAAAGAUGUUGUCAGUCAUUGCGAGAACGUCAAAGAUUGCGAUUUAUGUGUGUACGACUAUGAGAUUGAGUUUGUUCAGGGUUGUGCAGUUUGUAAAUGUACAUCACCCAUAGCAAGAGGUCGGUUUAAAAUAUCCACAGAGCAACGGAUGGCGACCUGGAAGAGAUGGGAACGGUGGUCGGAAUGCGAUCGAUCUUGUAACUUUGGGACAAGAACUCGUGUGCGGCGUUGUAGGAAUGGCGUCGUUGGUGGUAUUGGUUGCAUUGGACCUGUGUUUCAAAAUCGAAGAUGUAGAAAUAAAAGAUGUCCGCUAUAUCCGGGCGGUGAGUGCUAUGACGAUACCAUGCCAACAGAAUACAGAGGAAAAGUUUCCACUGCUCAGCCAGGAUUACGAUGUUUUAGGUGGAACCACCAACGAUCAGCUUAUCGUCCUGCUGCAUACCCAGAUUCCGGCUUGGUUGGUCGUUAUUGUAGAAACCCGGACGCGGAUCCAAGCGGACCAUGGUGUUACACAAAUCGAUUAUAUACUAUUACAGCAACGUGUUUAUUACCAAUAUGCAAAACUGACCAAGAUACUUAUUGGAGCAAUUGGGCUGGGUGGUCCAGCUGCUCUGAAAGCUGUGGCACUGGAGUUCAGGUUCGCAUUCGACAUUGUAAAGGAGGUUACAUUACAGAAGGAUCUUGUAAUGGUCCAGUGAGACAAAUGAGGGCAUGCGAGGUAGAAGAAUGCACAACGACGACAACAACACCGCUCCCAACAACAACAACAACAACAACAACAACAACAACAACAACAACUGCGACUACUACCACCCCUUUACCAACAGCAACUCUAUCCACAACGACCACCACAUCAAUGAACGCUGCAUACGAAUGCGUUGUUAACCCACGACCCACAAAUUAUCGAGGCAACAUCAGCACAACGUAUCGUGGGAUGCCUUGUCUUCCGUGGAAUGAUCCAGCUAUAAAGACAUUUAACCCCACCAACUUUCCGAACGAUGAUUUAGUUUCAAACCAUUGUCGAAAUCCAGACGGUGAUUUGUGGCCGUGGUGUUAUUUCGAGUUCGAUGCAAUCAAUGGUCACAAAUGGACAUAUUGCGACGUACCGGAGUGCCAGCCAGAACCUUUUAUCGUGCCCGAUCUCGGUUGCUACGAUAUAGAAGAACCUGGAAGUUACCUCGGUUCAGGGUCCACCACUCUCACUGGUUACCAAUGCCAAUACUGGGACGCCAACACCCCAAACGCUCACAUAUAUCAUUCCUAUCGCCACCCGGAUUUUGUUGAGCUUGGCCACCAUAACUUCUGUCGAUCACCGAGCGGUGACUUCAAGCCUUGGUGUUUCUCUACUAACCCUGACUUUCGAUGGGAGUACUGCGACCUCGAAGUUUGCCCUUCUCUAUCAACAACAACAAGACCAACAACAACAACAACAACAAUAGGACCACCACCAACAACAACAAGACCAACAACAGCAACAACAAGACCAACAACAACAACAACAACAACAACAAUAGGACCACCACUAACAACAACACGAUCAACAACAACCGAAACAUCCACAACUACGAUGUCGAGCGCAGCAUCUACUACAACAAUAGGACCGCCAGUAACAACCCAAUCAACAACGACUAGAAGUUCAACAGAAAACCCUGAAGUUUGUGGAAAACCAGCUUUUCCGAUUAUUCCAAACAACAACAACAAAAACCAAAGAAUCGUUGGCGGGUUCGAUGCCAACAAAGGUAGUCUGCCAUGGAUGGUGACCCUUCGUCGGUAUCCAAGCUUCUCAUUUUUCUGCGGCGGCUCGAUUAUCGAUAAAAACUGGAUUCUCACUGCUGCCCAUUGUGUUGAAAACAAACCAGAGAGCUACCGAGGUAUUCUCGGAAACUACUUUAACAAAAUGGUGGACGAAGAAGAAACAAUAGUCGGGUUUUCGUCUGUGCAUAUUCAUAAAAGUUAUAAUGACAAUACGUUGGAUAACGAUAUUGCUUUGCUGAAGGUUGCUGAACCCAUAGUUUUCAACGAUCACGUCAAACCAGUUUGUUUACCAGAGUACAACGCUGGUGUUUCAUAUGUACCGAAUACUGAUGUUAUUAUCAGCGGGUGGGGGACUUUAAAGUCGAAUGGUGCAUUAUCAAACGCACUGCAACAAGCCUAUGUAGACAUAGUGUCCUUGGAAGAGUGCGGUAAACGAUACAGCUCGGUAUUUGCACCUAGCGUAAUGUGCGCUGGAAUACUUGAUAAAGGUGGAAUUGACACUUGUCAGGGCGACAGCGGUGGACCUUUAGUUGAUCCUAACGGUAACGUCCAACUGGGUGUCGUUUCUUGGGGUAGAGGUUGUGCAUUGGCGCAAUACCCAGGUGUUUAUACUUUGGUCUCCUACUAUCGUAGGUGGUUGGACAACAUUCGUAACAACAACUAGCCUCCGUGCGGAAUAAUCUCAUAUAC